UCGCUCACUCCCCCGGCAGCCAGCCCGGGCGAGGCGGAAGCCUGCCGGCUCGGGCCGGGGCUCGGGGGCGGGCCAGGCGAGGCCUUGCCCUGACGACGCCUCCAUUUUGCAGGCUGUGCUGCGGGGCGAGCGGGCGGCGGCGGCCGUGAUUGAGAAUGUCGUACCCAGGAUAUCCUCCCUCAGGCUACCCUGCUUUUCCUGGUUAUCCUCCUACAGGGCAAGAAUCUGUUUAUCCACCUGCCGGGCAGUAUCCUUACCCUGCGGUGCCCGGAGGUUUCCCACCUACUGGAAGUGGAGGGUACCCUCCUGCUCCACAAGUAGGUGGAUUCCCGGGGGCUGCGGGUUACCCUGCACCUGGUGGGUAUCCACCUGCACCUGGUGGCUACCCUGGAGCUCCUCAGCCUGGUGGGAUGCCAACUUACCCUGCAGGUCCUGGGUUUGGAGUACCUUCUAAUGGAUCCAGCUUUGGCUAUCCCCAGCCUCCAUCCCAAAGCUAUGGAGGAGGUGGACCAGCACAAAUGCCAGUCGGAUAUCCUGGUGGGCAAACACCUAGUCCAGUACCUCCUCAGCCUGCAGCACUGGUUCAAAGUAUGCAAGGCACAAUUCGACCAGCUCCCAAUUUUGAUGCAGGGAGGGAUGCAGAAGUUCUGCGCAAAGCUAUGAAGGGUUUUGGGACGGAUGAACAGGCCAUCAUUGAUGUGGUGUCCAGCCGCUCGAACAGUCAAAGGCAACAAAUCAAAGCUGCUUUCAAGACCAUGUAUGGCAAGGAUUUAAUUAAAGACUUGAAGUCAGAGCUAAGUGGAAAUAUGGAGGAGCUGAUCCUUGCGUUGUUCAUGCCAAGCACUUACUAUGAUGCGUGGAGUUUAAGGCAUGCAAUGAAGGGCGCAGGCACCCAGGAGAAUGUGCUGAUCGAGAUCCUUUGCACAAGGACAAACCAGGAGAUUAAAGAAAUAGUCCGGUGUUACAAGACUGAAUUUGGAAGAGACAUUGAGCACGAUAUUCGGGCGGAUACUUCGGGACACUUUGAACGGUUACUUGUAUCCAUGUGCCAGGGUAAUCGGGAUGAAAAUCAAACGGCAGACUUCCAGAAGGCCCAGCAGGAUGCUCAGCGCCUUUACCAAGCUGGCGAAGGAAAACUGGGCACGGACGAGUCUUGCUUCAACAUGAUCCUGGCCACAAGGAGCUUCCCCCAGUUGAAAGCAACCGUCGAAGCUUACUCUCAGAUUGCUAACCGUGACCUACUAAGCAGCGUGGGCCGGGAGUUUUCAGGAAAUGUAGAGCGUGGCUUGAAGGCGAUUGUGCAAUGUGCCCUGAACCGCCCAGCCUUCUUUGCGGAGAGACUUUAUCAUGCCAUGAAAGGAGCCGGCACAGACGACUCUGCACUUGUGAGAAUUGUCGUCACUCGUAGCGAGAUUGAUCUUGUACAAAUCAAGCAGCUGUUCACCCAGAUGUACCAAAAGACUUUGGGAACUAUGAUAUCCAGCGACACCAGUGGGGACUACAGGCGCUUGCUCCUGGCAAUUGUGGGUCAAUAGUGAGCACUGCCACUCUCUCAGAGGAAAUGAGCCAACGAUCCCUACAUGUAUGCGUAUGACAAUGUAAACCAAUAUCUGCUUCUAAUGGAUGACUUGAGGGGGCCUUUAUUUUGCACAUAUAAAUUGCCUUAAUUUAGCAUGCCAUGUACUUUAAUAAUGUAAAAUAAGACACUUGCGGUUUAUAACUUG